UUUUCCCCGAUGAGGCUCGGCCGGUAGUUUUGCUCACAGGGCUGGAUUUUACGACAGAGAGAAUGAGCACGUACGAGAAUUACGUAGAAGCAGCGCUGGUGCAAACAGAGGGGGUUACAUCAGUCCCAGAGAGUCGCGCAGCGGAGGUGGUCGGCUCACGUCCCCAGGAGCCGAGCAGCGGGGGCAGGGUUCACGUUAAUCAGCAGCUCGGGGUCUCACUUCAAAGAGAGGCGCAGUUUGGUGGCAAUGCGUUCAGGGCCGUUGACAGGAGCCUCCGAGAACCCAGAUCUGCGGGGAUCUCACUCGAAGGGCCACAUGUGCAAAUUAAACGCUUCGUUUCGGCGCCGAGGCAGCGCAGCGUUGGGGACUCAAUCGGGUUCGGGGACGGCUCUGGUCAUGCGCUACACCGAGCGCAGGUACGGGCGCAGGCAGGGGUCGUUAGAGCUGCUGUGGCUUGGGUUGCUGAUGGUGAGGGGGCAGAGAUCAGGAGCCGGGGAUACUCCCGGCACAUGGCAGGGACUGUAGUAGCAAUUCACGCAAACAACACCUGGAAUUUUGACAGCCCUGCUUUGGAGGGAUACACGCAAAAUUGUUUGCAUCCAAGCUCAGAUGAAAAUGUUAUAAUUAGAAGCAUUGAAAGUUAUAAGUCUGGUUGUGUAAGGCUCAACGGAGAGACAGCUGGAUGCCCUCAGAGCCCAACCGUUUUCCCUACUGACUUACAAAUUUGUGACUUUAAAAUGCAAUCUAUUUGCACCACGGAGGGGUCACUGAGGUACCCUUUAGAUAGUGAGGAUGACGAUUAUUACGAUAAUGAAAUUCUGCCCUUUUACAAAACAGUUCAACCAAAAACUGAUGCUAGAUUGGAGAUUGCAGACCUGCAGGAUAAAGGGCAGGUAGAUGAUGGUGAUAUAGCCCAGGAAACAGAUAGGCUUACAACGCAGCUGCAAGAGGCCUAUUAUCUUCUCAUCAAUGCUAUGAAUGAUAUCAGUGGCGGUUUAGAUGAGCAGCAAGCCACCUCUUCCUGUAGUGGUCAUUCGAGGGAUAGCCUGUGCUCCAGGCUCUCUGUCAAAAACACAGACAGUGACUCCUGGUCCUCAGGAGGUAACCACAGUUCUCAGCAGCUGUCUGACACAGAAUCACUCCUGCUCUGCCUUACUGGAAACCAGGAGUCAAAUGCAAGGCUGAUCAGUAAGAGCAUGUCCAGCUUGUCAUUGACCAAAAGACCCACAUUACUUCGAUCUGCCAGUGAUGGAGUUAUCAGGUAUAAAGACCUACCUUCAUCGUGUUCUCCGGUAACCAGACUGGAAAGUGUAGAAGCCCAUUAUGAUAAAAAAGCUUCGGAGUUAAAAAAACAUGAUGGGGCUGAAAUCUCAGAAGCAGGUGAGCUGUCUGAACCUGAGGUGCUUUGCAGUGCCAUCAGCAGUGAGGAGCUGCUGCAAAAAGCUGGAGGUGAGGAGGAGCAUGGCGGGCAGCUAAAUGAGAGCAUUGGCUCGGUCAACAGCCUCACAGGUUCUACCGACAGCAACAGUGAAGCAGCAACUCAUUGGGGUCAGGAGAGCAAGCAGGAGCAGGCUGAGGUACGGGCACAGGUGGUCUACUCAGUCAGCAAAGGCCUUGGUGUUACUGUGAACAAGAUGCAAGAGUGGAUGCACAAGGGUCGCCUGCUGUCGUCUGAGAUGAAGCAGCGCAUUGAGGGUUCAUCUUUACCCCCUGGUGGAGGCCAGAGCCAGGAUUGGUCCACCUUUCAGGCUAACCUCGGGGGCUACAAACCAGAGGCCCAGGUUCGAGGGAGUAAAUCGGUCAAGGCUAAGUCCUCUACAAUCAAGUCAGCAAGACAGCAGCGGCAGCCAGCUUUCAUUGAGAAUUUCCAAACCCCAUGUGCUAACGGAAUAGAGGCAGGCAGACCGACCAACGAUCCUUCAUCAUGGAGCCCUCAGCUCACCACCACUAUCACUGUGUCCAAAAAGCGCAACUGGCUGCAGCAGAGCUCCCAGGCAAAGAGUCAGUGCACCAAGGAUGAGCUGCAGGGCAUGCUGGGAGCUGAGGAAAGCAGCCCGGGCUCCCAUCAGCUGGCACCUCCUCCCAGUCCCUCGCCAGAAUUUGUCAGAUCCACAAGUGGAGCACCGUCACGGCCAGUACUUCUGCAGAUCCCUCAGCGAGUUGGUCAGUCUAAAGUGUCUCCUUAUCGGAACGUGGACCCGUCUGAAGAGAACGAUGCAGAUGACGAGGGGGAGAUUUGGUACAACCCAAUCCCAGAAGACGAUGAACCGGAAAUUUCCCGUCGGCCUUGCAUUCGGCUGGUCUUCCCACCACUAGACGAAGCACAGAAGAGGCCCGGUAGGGGAAUGGAUGUCGCUCAGGGUGGCUGGAAUGGGGAGGGUGCCAGCGUGCUGGAGGGAGUCGUGGAAGGUCUUGGUAGUCGUUCUGGAGAUCUAACUCAGGGGAAUGCUGCACAUUCCACGGAGGCGCUAAAUCUGCACAGACAGAUGCUUUCGUGCAAGCUUCCAGAGGAGGGGGGGCCCUCCUCGAGCAGACCAACAGAUGGACUGGACCUGCCCACUGUUGUUAGCUUCUCACCUCCCUCCAGCCCAAACCCAACCAAGAAAAGCAGCUCCAUCAAUUGGUCCUUCCCAGACAAGAUUAAGUCCCCACGCACAGUCAGGAAGAUUUCCAUGAAGAUGAAGAAGCUCCCCGAACUUAGCCGAAAACUCAGUGUCAAAGGGACCCAAAAUAGCACUACAAGUAGCAAUGGAAACAGUCAGCUAGAGCCAAGGGCCUAUUCUCCCCGGGCAAACGGUAGUGGGUCUGAGGCUGUCACCCAUAAUUCAUGCCCUUCUCGAUUAGCUCCAUCUGGAGGCGGGCAGGCCAGCUGUAACGUCAUCUCACGCUACCACCUAGACAGCAGCGUGUCAACACAGCACAGCUUCAACAAGAAGAAAAGUAAUGGCAGCUCAAAGUCGGCCAGCAAAGGUGGCUACCUCAGUGACGGUGACUCACCAGAGCUGGUUGCCAAAUCUGGGAAACAUGGAUCUGGUGAGGGAAAGGGCGGGAAAGGCAAGGAGACUGAGGGAGGAAGUUCAAGACUUAAUGGCGCUGAGCUGGACAUUGAUGCUUUUCGUCAUUACAGCUUCACAGAUCAGCCGAAGUGCAGCCAGUACAUCUCUGGACUGAUGAAUCUCCAUUUUUAUGGUGCUGAGGACCUCAAACCUCCACGCAUUGACUCACGAGAUGUUUACUGUGCAAUCCAGGUUGACUCAGUUAAUAAAGCACGAACCGCUCUUCUUACCUGUCGAACAUCCUUCCUGGAUAUGGAUCACACCUUUAACAUUGAAUUAGAGAACGCCCAGCACCUCAAGCUGGUGGUGUUUAGUUGGGAACCCACACCAAAACGGAACCGUGUCUGCUGCCACGGAACAGUGGUGCUGCCCGCGCUCUUCAGAGUGACGCGUACCCACCAGCUGGCAGUGAAGCUGGAGCCGCGGGGGCUGAUCUACGUCAAGCUGAGCCUGAUGGAACAGUGGCAGAACUCGCUGGACGGUGGGCCAGAUGGAGACAGGGAGCUGCAGGUGUUCGGUGUGGAGGUGUGGCGGGUUGUGGAGAGGGAGAACACCGGGCUGAUGGUGCCACUGAUCAUAUCGAAGUGCAUCAAUGAGAUCGAGAGGAGAGGCUGCCAGGUGGUGGGUCUCUAUCGCCUGUGUGGCUCUGCAGCGGUGAAAAAGGAGCUGCGUGAGGCGUUUGAGAGAGACAGCCAAGGCGCGGAGCUGUGUGAAAACAUGUAUCCUGACAUCAAUGUCAUCACAGGAGUACUGAAGGACUACCUGCGUGAACUUCCAUACCCUCUGAUCACCAAGCAGCUGUAUGAGGCAGUGCUGGAGACUAUGGCCACCAGGCCUCUCAAGAUGGGAGCUGCGGGGUGCGAGAAUGAUCAGGCAGACUCAGAGUAUACCGUGACCCUGCUGGAAAUCCUACCGGAAGUGGAGAGGAUGACUUUGCAGAAGCUUCUCGACCACUUGAAGCUUGUGGCAUCCUACCAGGAAAUGAACAAGAUGACAUGUCAGAACCUGGCAGUGUGCUUUGGCCCAGUGCUGCUUAGCCAGCGUCAGGAGGCUUCCUGCCAUACCAACCGCGUCUUCAUCGACUCAGAGGAGCUCGCGAGCGCGCUGCACUUCAAAAAGCACAUUGAAGUCCUGCACUACCUGCUGCAGCUCUGGCCAGUUGUGGACCCAAAUGACCAGUCCUCCUCCCGGCCCCCUGCAGCCUCCAUUUCUCCGGCCCCCUUUGACCUUCUGUCAGCCCCUCCUCUGAGACGUAGAAAAGAGCGCCCCCAGUUUCUAAAUCUCAGCGAAGCAGAGAUGGCAGGUGUCCUGCGGCCUAAACCAGGACGUCUCGACAGCCCCAGCAACAGAUAUGCUGGUGACUGGAGUUGUUGUGGUGAAAACUAUUUCCCCUCUGAAAUACUGCUGCCUCCCAGCAAAGAAGAGGCAGAUUAUGACGAUGUGCCCUCUGAGAAUACAGAGGUGGCUGAGGAGGUCCACGAGAAGGACACAGCAGAGGAAGAUAGGCAGACGAAGGUCACAAGUCCUGUAUCUGAUUCUGUCGGGGAAGGAGUAUCUCAAAGAGAGGAGGCAGAAAAGGAGGAAAAGGGGGAAGAAGGGGAGGAGGAAAUAGAAAGCAAGAGUGAUAGUUCAAACAACAAGAAGGCUUUUGAAGAGGAGGAGACGGAGGAGAAAGUCUAUAACCACAUCCUGACAGCUCGGCUGCCUAAAGAGCACACUUACCAGGCCUAUAUGAAGAUCCAGGACAUCAGUCCUGUUCUGAGUAACAGGGUGAACCUGAGAGACCUGCAGGAGAGCAUUGACACUCUAAUAGGAAACCUGGAACGAGAGCUCAACAAAAACAAGCUUAACGUUGGAUACUGACUACUACACAGGCACACACAUAUGAAUUUGUAGACUACUAAACACAGAUGAGGUUUGAGAAGGACCUACAUUGCUGAUUAAGGUGCUUCGCAAACAGCCACAGUGUUUCCACAGGGAUCCUGUGGAUUGUGGUGCUGCUGUAAUAAGUUACAAGGUGAGAGGAGAAGAAAUGAAACAGGGCACUUGUAGAAUUUCUACCUUACCCACAGACAUUCCAUAAAGUUUGUUUUUCUUUGGUUUUGUCAUGUGUCAUACAUCAUGAUGUUUUUGUUGGUUUGUAUUAUUCCUGUUCUGUGUUCCAUAUUGUUAUUGUUGCUUUUCUUCUUAUUAGAAGAGCCCAUUGACCCCUCGGGGGUCUAAAAGGUGCCUUAAUUGUGUGAAGGUGGCGUGUCAAGAGGAACAUCCAGCCUGAAUGAAAAUACAUUAUCUCCUGAGAGCUUGAUUAAACAAAAUAAAAUCUUUUAAUUUAUUAAUCAUUGGUUUCACUAAAAAGCUAUAUUUGUUUUAUUUACAGCAGGUACAAACCUACCCCCAUUGCAUUAUAAGGCUCCACAACCUAUUGAAGCAAUUUUACGCAUCACUUUAAAACUGACUACAGUCUCGAUGCUUUCAGAUGAAGUUCUUGUGUCUGAACCUAUGUGUCCGUUUUACAUUUAAAGCAACCUCGUUGUAAGUUAAUAAAGUUGACUGGAUGUUGUUGUUACAGCUAUUAAAUUUGAUCUGACUGCGUAGUUAACAUAAAACAUAUUAUAUAUUUGAUCCUAUUGGAACAAAGUACAGAUCUGUCCUAAUAUCAUGACUCAGGCGCUGUUCUUAAUGUUCCAAACUGUUCCAGAGCUGCUUUUACUGCCUGUUUUAAUCAGUGUUGAUAAAAAAAAAAAAAGGUUUUAGGAGAAACAUGACAUUUUCUUUUAUUAAGGUGGAUUUCCUUUUUAAGGCAACCGAGAGGUUUUGUGUUGAGGUAUAAAAAUAUUAUACAACAAUAAUGCACUUAUUAGGCAGGUAGUAGUGUAGCUUGUUAACUUGCUUUACAGAGUUAAAAUGAUUCUGACUGUGAUCUGAAUAAAGUGAGAAAAUGGGCCACCUGAAAGCUCCUCUUAAAGAGAAAUAAAAAAUAAACAUGGAUUUCAUAUCUCAUGUUUGAGGUCAAGCAAGCAGCUAACUGUUAAAUUCACAUCUGAUUUCUUGAUAGAUGGGAAUUUUAACAUGUUCUUUGGUAACCUAAGAUGUAAGUUGCAGCAAGAGAGAAGAUAGUGUUGCUUAGCUUAUUUUAGCUUAGCAUGAAAGCUAGAACUAACUAGCCUAGUUUUGUAUAAACAAUAAAUAAAUUGUCUUUAUGCUUCCCUAGAAUAGGCUAAAAUGUCUGUCUUAUCUGUUUAUAUUUGGUAAAUAAAUAUAGGAUGCAGAAGGAGAGAAGUCAGCUAUGCUUAGCUUGUUUUUUGUUGAGCUAGCCCGUCUUUGGAAAAAACAACUUUUUCUUCAUGCUUUUCUAAAACAAGCUAAAACGAAUGUGGGGUUAGUCCUCUAUUCUAAAACAAAAGACCAUAAGCUAAGUAGUUAAACAGAUGAUGUUAACAUCAUUUUUCCACAGUGAAAUUUAGGAAGCCUCAUCCAGGUAGCAUCUGUUACCUUGCUGCCUAAAGCAACAAAGGAGGUGUUUAGCAAACCAGGGAUUCAGAGUGAUCAGUAUUUAACCUGUAUGGAUAUGUAUAUAAUUAUAUAAAUGUAUUUGGUGUAUAUUAUUUUUACAUCUUAUAUUUCAAUUGUGUAUUUAAAAAACGUCUGAUGACCUUAUAGGGUUGACAAGAGUCACGUAAAUCUCCCUUUGAGCUACCUGUACACAUCUUAAUGUGCUGGACUAAUGGUACAACUUUAGCUGUAAAAUAUAUGAUACAAUCAACCUAUUGGUAUUUUUAUUAUUUUGUGUAUAUAUUUGAGCUAAUUUGUGUCUGGUGGACUAAGCUGUGUUGGUGACUUUUGGUGUUUUUUUUACGGUACUGAACGUUGCAUGGUCAAAAGCUUUACCAACAUAAGCAAGGCUCUGUCUCAUCUUCCAUUGUAUUUCAUAUUUAUGUGUAAAAUAAGACUAUUUUAUAAUGUAUGCAUAUUUGUGUGACCACUUGUUACUUAGAUCUAACUGAUGAUUGCAUUAAAUUUUCUUUCAAAGGACCUUGAGGCAGAGAUUGAUUUGGUCUGUAAGAUGCACAAGGUCUUUUUAAAAUACAAUAGCAUAGUCAAAGAGUGACUGCAUUAUUACCGAAUGAUUUCCUCUGAACAAGGUAAAAGAGUUUGUUAAAUUUUAAAGUUAUAUCUCAGAUUUCAAGAUAAAAAAAUAUUUUAUAAUUAUUUAAAAAUAGAUGUUAAAUUAAAGGAAAACUGUAACAAAAAUAUCAGUUUCUUAUGAAUGAUUGAAAAAGCAUGAGGCUUGCUGACACGAUUUAGUAAUUGUGAUUUUUUUCAACUGCCUUAUCAGAAAUAAUUGUCUAUUUCAGCCAAGAAUAGAUGGAGUCACAGGCGUUUUCCACAGAUUGGUUUGUGGUUCUGAUUUUUUUGGGAGUCAGGAAUUGAAAAGUUGGAGAAGUUUGGUGUUAUUGAAAUCAAAUAGUUGUGUCAAAGCUGACUUACAGUGACAGCGUGUAAUCUAUUCUCUAUAACCCUAUAAACAAACCAACUUUAUUUUUCUAGAACGUUCACCUUUAAGGAAGCAGGCCAAACUAACUAAAAAUAAGUCCUAAAGUUAAAAAGUAUGUUUUUCAGAGGAUUUCUCAUGUUGUCUCACAGUGUGACAACAUCUGACAAUCUUACUUAGUAUUUGCAUGCUAACCUGCUGAGGGAACCUAAUGAAACAUCCUCAGCAGGGUUACUUUUAAACCAUCUGCCUGCAAAGAAAAGAAAAACAAAAUAGAGUAUUGUUCAUAGAACUCAUUGAGGGAGAUCAGUUGUUUAUUUUCAUCUAUUUAUUAAAUACCUGCAGAUUGUACUUUAAAUCAAAGAAACAUUUGGCCAACAAAAGGGCACCCAGACUGAUAUGAAGCCUAAGGAUAAAGUUGAUGACACACAGCAUGGACACAUUGUUUACUACACUUUAUCAUUAUAUUGGGUAUUACAAAUUAUAUCUGCAAACAUCUGCUUUCUUUUGCUGCAUCAUGUUUUAGAUAGUAUCUUUUUUUUUUAUCUCGUCCUCUUUGUCCUUUAGAUAAGAAAGUGCCACACUGAACUCAUUACUAAACUGAACAGAUAAGUGCUUUGUAUUCAUCCCGAAAAAUAUGGUCUUAAUAAAGGUACUAUUUUACAUUCA